AUUUUUAGAGUAUUAAUGUGAGACAUCUCGUGGGAAAUGUUCUAAUAGAUGAUGGUAAAAGUUUGACACAGUUUAUAUCCAUUCAGCAUUUCAGCAGCACCAUCCACUUGGAUGGCGUCUGCAAUAAUGAGCAGACUGCCAGACUGUCUCCAUACUCUUCCGAUCCAAGCAGCAACGACAAGUUGGCAAUCACGCACGUCUCUCGUGCUUCUGCUUGCAUCACGGCGCUGUAACCUGCCUGGGCGAUCCAUCCAUGGCGUCGUUAGCCACCAGCACGCCCGCCGCCGCCGCCGGGCCACGCCCACGCCCAGACCGGCCGCACGUCGUGCUUGUGCCCAGCCCCGGCGUAGGCCACCUCAUGCCGAUGGCCGAGCUGGCGCGACGCCUCGUGUCGCACCACGCCCUCGCGGCCACGCUUGUCACCUUCAACCUCUCCGGGGACCCUGACGCGAAGUCCGCUGCCGUUCUGUCCUCCCUCCGCGCAGCAAACGUUUCCACCGCCACGCUCCCUGCAGUCCCCCUCGACGACCUCCCCGACGAUGCCAGCAUCGAGACCGUGCUCUUCGAGGUGAUCGGCCGCUCCAUCCCACACCUUCGCGCUUUUCUCCGCGACGUUGGCAGCACCGCCGGCGCCCCGCUAGCCGCGCUGGUGCCUGACUUCUUCGCCACCGCGGCGCUGCCCCUCGCCUCCGAGCUCGGCGUCCCGGCGUACAUCUUCUUCCCCUCCAACCUCAGCGCGCUCUCCGUCAUGCGAAGCGCCGUGGAGCUCCACGACGGCGCCGGCGCCGGCGAGUAUCGCGACCUCCCAGACCCUCUCCCGCUUCCCGGGGGCGUGUCGCUACGCCGCGAGGACUUGCCGAGUGGGUUCCGAGACAGCAAGGAAUCGACCUACGCGCAACUCAUCGACGCGGGCCGUCAGUACCGAACCGCUGCCGGCAUCUUGGCGAACGCUUUCUACGAGAUGGAUCCGGCGACCGUGGAGGAGUUUAAGAAGGCGGCUGAGCAAGGUAGGUUCCCGCCGGCUUAUCCGGUGGGCCCGUUCGUCCGGUCAAGCUCCGAUGAAGGCUCCGUAUCGUCGCCGUGUAUAGAGUGGCUGGAUCUGCAGCCGACGGGAUCCGUGGUGUACGUUUCCUUCGGGAGCGCAGGCACGCUGUCCGUGGAGCAGACGGCCGAGCUCGCCGCCGGGCUGGAGAACAGCGGGCACAGGUUUCUCUGGAUCGUGCGCAUGUCAAGCCUGAACGGCGAGCACUCCGACGACAUGGGCCGGAAUUACUGUGACGGUGGCGACGAGAACGAUCCCUUGGCAUGGCUUCCGGAGGGGUUCUUGGAGAGGACCCGCGGGCGUGGCCUCGCCGUGUCGUCGUGGGCGCCGCAGGUACGCGUGCUGUCCCACCCGGCGACGGCCGCCUUCGUGUCCCACUGCGGCUGGAACUCGACGCUGGAGAGCAUCUCGUCCGGCGUGCCGAUGGUGGCGUGGCCGCUGUUCGCGGAGCAGCGGGUAAACGCCGUGGACCUGUCGGAGAAAGUGGGUGUGGCGCUGCGGCUGGGCGUCCGCCCGGACGACGGGCUGGUCGGGCGCGAGGAGAUCGCGGCGGUGGUAAGGGAGCUGAUGGAGGGGGAGGACGGGCGCGCCGUGCGGCGCCGGACGGGGGACCUGCAGCAGGCGGCUGACCUGGCGUGGGCGUCCGAUGGCUCGUCGCGCCGGGCGUUGGAGGAGGUCGUCAGCAGAUGGAAAGCGGGGGCUAUUCGCAGAGCGGCGUGGCUGCAACAACUCUAUUGUUGGGAUCAUGCUUCGUCGCCGAAGGUCCUAUGGAAAGAAACAGCUUCGGCUGAAGCUGCUUGUACGUGAUGCCGAAGGUACCAUUCAUGAAGCUUCGGUAUUACAACAUAUUCGAAGAUAAAGGGUCGAACCGACUUAAAGAUAGAAUGACCUUUUAGUCCAUAAGGGUCUGAGUCAACGUUGUAAACUUUUUAUGAGGGGCAUGAUUAUAAUUCCUCACAGACUGUGUCCUGUGCCUAUAAAUAGUGAACAGUAUUCCUUUACUGUUCACGCAUUCCUGUAAUUGCAAACGCAUCACUCGGGAAUUUUUACUUGUCAAGGCAAAGGUAUAAACGUACCUAAACAUUAUGUUCAAA